GUGGGAGUCUUUAUGACCCUAAAAACAAAUAUGCCCAAGAGGUGACUAAGAUGUAGCUUUUCUUUCUGCCAGGUCCCAAAGUGACCAUGUGACAGGAGAGUUGAGGGGGCUGCUGAGCCUGUUGACCACAUAGUAAUGUGUAAUCUUUUUAACUUGUCCCUUGUAAUAUUUUACAGCUUUACAAUGUCCAAAGGUGAUGCAGCGAUAAAUGGCCAGGUAGGGCUGAAGAACCUAAAUUCAGUGGCAUAAAACAACGUGGUGAACAGAGAUUCCUCUGCAGAGAACAGUUCCUGACAGUGCAGCUACACAGGUGAGUAAUUCAACUUUUUUAAUGGUCUUGAUCAUUGGUCCAAAGUUGCAUAACUCCGUGUUUUACUUCUGUCAACUUAAAGCAAAUUUUCUUUGCUCUUGAGGAUGAAGUUUGAGAAUAUCCUGGAGGAAAUCGGCGGUUUUGGGCCUUUCCAAAUCCUCAUCAUCGUCCUGCUCUGCACCCCUCGAAUAGUUCUUCCCUGUCACUUUUUACUGAACAACUUCAUCGCUGCCGUGCCUCCUCACUGGUGUGAUGUCAGCACCCUGGAUGAUGGAAGACUCUUCAGAAGUUUAACCCAGCAACAGAGACUGACCGUCAGCGUUCCCCUACAAAAAGAUGGGAAACCAAAAUCCUGUGAGAUGUUUUCAUCGCCUCAGUUUCAGAUCUUAUACAAUGGGUCCAACAGCAGUGCUGAGCUUCCCACAAUUCAGUGUCAGAGUGGAUGGAUUUACGACAACUCCACCUUCACCUCCACCCUGGCAACAGAGUGGGACCUAGUAUGUGAUAGAAAAAGCUUGACAAAAACCACAGGUACCAUCUUCUUCCUCGGAGUGAUGAUGGGAGCCAUAGCUUUUGGAUUCCUCUGCGAUAAGUAUGGGAGGAAAACUACUCUCCUGGCCUCAUACAUCAUGGUGAUUGUGUUCGGCUUCUCCAGUGCUUUUGCAAACUCCUACGUCCUGUUCGCAGUGCUGAGAUUUCUCACUGGCUUUGCACUGACAGGGAUCACUAUCAAUUCAAUCGUUCUCAGCAUCGAGUGGGUAGACAUAGGUCAUAGGUCAUUUAUUGGUGUGAUUGGCAGCCUGGCCUGGUCUGUAGGUAACAUGCUGCUGGCAGGAUUCGCCUUGCUGGUGACGGACUGGCGGACGCUGAUCAUGACUGUUACAGCCCCUCUGGGUUUUGCAGUUUUGACCUGGUGGUGGAUCCCUGAAUCAGCUCGAUGGCUUCUGGCGAAAGGUAAAGUGGAGAGAGCUCAAUUUUACCUCGACAAAUGUGCAAAGUUCAACAAAAGACAAAAACUGUCAUCUAAAUUAAAACUGGAGACGCUCUCCAACAUCGAGAUGCUGGAAAAACAGGAUAAAAACUACACUUACCUCGACCUGAUCAAGACCCCAAAGAUGAGACAGUUGACUCUCCUGACUGGGAUUGUGUGGUAUGGAGUUGCCUCCACGUAUUAUGGCAUCAGCCUGAACAUCACCGGAUUUGGUUUGAAUAUGUACCUCACACACUUCAUCUACGCAGCCAUCGAAGUUCCUGCCAAGUUGAUGGUUUACUGCUUCCUAAACAUCAUUGGACGCAGGAAAUGCCAAGCAGGCACCUUGUUACUGACAGGAGUCUGCAUCGCCAUAAACAUCUUCAUCCCUAAAGGUCUGUGGCAUGUGCGUGCUGUCGUUGCUAUUCUUGGGAAAGGCCUAUCAGAAGCUUCCUUCACAACUAUCUUCCUCUACACAACAGAGCUUUACCCCACAGUCGUCAGACAAAACGGUUUGGGCUACACCAGCUUCAUGAGUCGUCUGGGAGUGUCGGUAGCUCCUCUCAUCCUGCUGCUGGAGGACGUGUGGACUCUUUUCCCUCAGAUCAUCAUCUGCUCUGUGGCCAUCGUGUCCGGCCUGGUGGCUCUGCUGCUCCCUGAGACGCACAACGUGAGGCUGCCAGAGACCAUCGACGACAUUGAAAAGCCAAGUAAAAACACCAUCUGCUCUCACUCCGUGGAGUCUUCAGGUGUUUUCCUAGAAACAAAGAUCACAACAGACCCACAACAGCAGUGACGGAACGAGUGGAGCAAGGACUUUGUUUGUGUGUUCAUACACAUCAAGCUGAACUGCCAUGACCUUACUGCCUUUUGACUUUGUCAGUGUCAACAGUGAAAGUGAGACUGCCGUCUUCAUGUUUUUCAA